AUGUGCUGCUGGACCAAGCUGAAGUCCUCAGGUUGGGUUUAUCCCACUGCAGUCCUCUCACUCUACGGGUUUUUUGCUAACUGCAGAGUAGCAGAGCCCUUCCUUACACCAUACCUAAUUGGACCACACAAGAACAUCUCUGAGGAAGUGGUGACAAACUACCUGUUCCCCAUCUGGACAUAUUCCUACCUGGCCAUCCUCUUCCCUGUCUUCUUGCUGACUGACUUCCUGAGGUACAAGCCCCUCAUCGUCCUGCAGGGGCUCUUCCUGGUCACCAACUACAUCCUGCUGUGCUUCGUCCCGGGCCUGCCAGCUAUGACCUUCCUUCAGGUAAACUAUGCUGUGGUGACUUCUACAGAGGUGGCCUACUUUUCCUACAUUUACAGUGUGAUUCCAGCUGAGAAGUACCAGCGCGCCACUGGUUACUUACGCAGUGCCAUGCUGGCUGGCUACACGUUUGGGGCCAGCCUGGGCCAAAUGCUCAUCUCCCUAGGAGGGGUGGAUUACUUCUUCAUUAAUGCCAUUACCCUGGGGACUGUGAGCAUUGCUUUUUUGGUUUCCUUCUGGCUGCCCAUGCCACAGCGCGGCAUGUUCUUCAAAGGAAAAACGGCUAUAACCGGGGGAUCCCAGUCCAAGCAGGAGGGGGAAGUGGCGGUGGAUGAUGCUAAGGAGGCAGUGAAGGAUGAGGCAGAAGCUGGCGCGGGCACAGAGAAUAUGGAGUGCACUGUUUGGUGCAGCAAGGAUAACGUGGCCCACGCUGGCCAGCUACUCUGGAGGAGCUUCAGAGAGUCCUACUCUUCCAGGCAUUUACUCUACUGGUCCCUCUGGUGGGCUUUGGCCACAGCUGGCUAUGGUCAGGUUUUCAACUACAUCCAGCUAAUGUGGGACCAUAUUGAACCAUCUGCUUCAUCGUCCAUUUAUAACGGAGGGGUAGAAGCUGUCUGCACCCUUGUAGGCGCUGCUGCAGCCCUCUCUGUAGGUCACAUCAAGGUGACCUGGGCUGUGUGGGGGGAACUGGCUCUGGGGUUGUUCUCAGCUGUGGGGGCGCUGGCUGUGUUUCUGAUGGGAUUCACCAGCAGUAUCUGGGCAUGCUAUGCUGGAUACGUCAUAUUCAAAGCCUCCUACAUGCUCCUAAUCACCAUCACAACAUUUCAGAUUGCAUCCAACCUCUCCAUGGAGUGCUACGCUUUGACAUUUGGAAUAAACACUUUUGCAGCGCUUUCACUGCAGACCAUUCUUACAGUCAUUGUUGUUGAUGAAACUGCACUUGGACUGGACAUCGUGACACAGUUCAUCAUCUAUGGCAGCUACUAUGCCACCAUUUCUGUGCUCUUCCUGAUUCGAGGGACAUACACAGCUUGUGCAUAUCAUUACUACCCUGAAAAGACUGAGGCCAAGGAACAAGAGAAUGAGCCUAGUGUGGAGGCGAUCGCUGCUGAACGCUUCUGA